AUGGCAGAGAAGACGCCACUUCUCCAUUACCGACUCAGCACCCCCUCCGCCGCCACCUCCGCCACCACGGAAUCCGACAGCGCGUCCGGUCCGCCAGGAGUCACGGUGGAAAAAGAUGGCCGACGCGCAAGGGCUGAACCCGUUAAAAAGCUCGGAGUGGUUUUCGGAGUGGUUAUUCCGACUUUACUGUCCAUGUUCAGCGUCGUGGUCUUCCUCCGAAUUGGGUUUGUGGUAGGCCAUGCAGGAAUAUAUGAAGCCAUUGCCAUGUUCCUGGUGGCAUACUUCAUCAUCAUUAUGACUGUUCUCUCCGUCUGUGCCAUCUCUACCAACGGAGCGCUAGAUGCUGGUGGUGCCUACUACAUGAUCAGUCGAGCCCUAGGUCCAGAGUUUGGCGGCAGCAUUGGGAUUAUGUUUUUCUUUGCCAAUGUCUGUGGCAGUGCCCUCUAUGUUCUGGGUCUGGUUGAAGCCAUAGUCUCCAACUUUGGCGUACCAGACGAAGGAGCAGCGAUUGUGUCACAUUCCCAUAUGGUGUUACCGACUGGAUACUGGUGGUCUCUGCUCUAUGGCACUGUCUUGCUUUUCCUUUGUCUCAUAGUCUGCCUGGUGGGGGCCCAUAUCUAUGCCAAAGCCACUUUUGUCAUCUUCAUCAUCGUCGUGACCGUCCUGAUUUCCAUCUUCAUUAGUUUCUUCAUUGUGGGGCCUAGGGUUGUGACCUUACCUGAUGUUUCUGUCAUUAACAUUACUGGCCCGACCACAGCCAAUUACACAGGCCUCCUGCUUCGUACCCUAGAGAGCAACUUAUGGCCUGACUACACGGUGGACUAUACCACUGGCGCCAUGAUGAGUUUUGCCACAGUGUUUGCUGUCAUGUUCAAUGGCUGCACUGGUAUCAUGGCUGGCUCCAACAUGUCGGGAGACCUGAAAAACCCAAGCUAUUCCAUCCCAAGAGGAACCCUUGCUGCUGUUUUCACAACCUUCAUCACAUACAAUCUCCUCAGUGUGCUGUCGGCUUCAACCUGCGACCGUCUGCUUCUCCAGAGAGACUACAGCUUCCUGGGGGACAUCAAUAUUUGGCAGCCGCUGGUAACAGUUGGCAUCUAUUCCUCCACCAUGUCUGCCGCCAUGAGUAACCUCAUAGGAGCUUCCAGGAUCCUCUACGCCCUGUCCAAAGAUGACCUGUUCGGUGGCAUCCUGGCUCCAGCAAGGAAGACCUCUCACAGUGGGAACCCGUGGGCCUCGGUGCUCAUUUCCUGGAUCCUUGUUCAGAUGGUGCUGUUUUCGGGGAAAUUGAACACCAUCGCCGGUAUUGUAACAAUCUUCUUCUUGAUGGUCUAUGCUGCUGUGGAUUUGGCCUGUUUGGCUCUGGAAUGGGCAUCAGCACCCAACUUCAGGCCUUCGUUCCGUUUUUUCACCUGGCACACCUGUGUUUUGGGCAUCCUGGGCUGCCUGGUUAUGAUGUUCCUGAUCAAUGCCAUCUAUGCUUUUGCCAGCAUAGCCUUCAUGCUGCUGCUCCUAAUGAUUAUCCACUAUCUGUGCCCCACCAGCGACUGGGGCUACAUCAGUCAGGCCCUCAUCUUUCACCAGGUGCGCAAGUACCUGCUCAUGCUAGAUGUGCGCAAGGACCAUGUGAAGUUCUGGAGACCCCAGGUGCUGCUGAUGGUGGCAAACCCUCGCAGCAACACGGGCCUUAUCACAUUCAUCAAUGACCUGAAAAAAAGUGGUCUUUAUGUGCUGGGACAUGUCCACCUGGGACUACUGGAUGGAUUGCCCUCUGACCCCUUACAGAGCCGAUAUGACUCCUGGCUGUCUCUGGUGGACCAUCUCAACAUCAAAGCCUUCGUCAACCUCACACUGUCUGACUCUGUCCGACAUGGGGUCCAAAAUUUGCUGUUCAUCACAGGCUUCGGUGGAAUGAGACCAAACACACUUGUCCUGGGUUUCUAUGAUGACUGCACCCCACAAGACCAACUCCAAGGAAAAAUCCUUCUGUCCACAGGCGAUGGCUUGGAUGCAGUAAGCCCAACCAGGGACUCCAGAGAGCAACGAACACCCUUCUUCCCAAAUCUGAGGAGUGCAGAGGAAACCAAAGACCUCCAGGUGGAAGAAUACGUAUCUGUGGUUGCGGACACAGUAAAAAUGGGCAAGAAUGUGACACUGGCUCGUUAUUUUGACCAGUUCAACCGGGAAGAGGUCUUGGGUUCAGGGCGUAAAGUUGGUGGUCAGCGUAGCAAGACGGGCCCGUUUGUUGAUGUGUGGCCACUCAAUCUCCUCCGACCAGACAAUAGUGGUUACGUCGACACCUGCUCACUGUUCCUGCUACAGCUGGCCUGUGUGCUUCAGGAGUCCCGCCCCUGGAACCAGACGCGACUUCGCCUUUUCUUGUGCGUGGAAGCUGGUUGGAGCCUGCGGAAAGAGGAGGAGGCAAAACUCCGGCUGAUGCUGAAAGAGCUGAGGAUUUCUGCUCGGGUGAAGAUGGUGGCGUGGGACCAGGUAGUGGCAUUGCACUGGCAGAGACAGGCGGAAACUGAGACUGGGAACCAGGAAUGUGAAGGAGAGGUCGAGAGGCGGGUGGAGGAGGGGGGGCGAGACCAGCCAAAUGAAGAAGACGAAGGUAUCCAAACGUUUCCCAACAAUGCUGCCCAGCUGACAGAUGAGUACAUCUGUGCGGUCAAUGAUCUGAUUCGUCAACAUGGAGCUCCACCCCCUGCUGUGCGUUUCCUGUACCUGCCGCGCCCACCUGCAGAUACAAGCCGUUAUUGUGCCUACCUGCACCAGCUGGACCUAUUAACCCGAGACCUGGGACCUACACUCCUCAUCCAUGGAGUUACUCCUGUCGUUACCACUGACCUCUAGCCCCUCACCUUUAAACUCCAAGCCCAUCACUCCCCUGACUCCCAUGUCAUCGUGCAUGGAUCAUACCUAUCAACCUCAAAAGACCUCAGUUCUUCACUACUUAUCCAACUGGUGUAAGAUCUGGGGCCUGCGGUACCAUGUCUCUGCCGUCAGAGUUUCAGGCCUAUUUUUGUCUCUUGGAUAUGUCGCUAUUUAGACUUGAAAAUGGAUAAUCAAGGCUGGUCCAAGGCAGGGGUGGAGGGAUAAGUAUAGGAGUUCCCUCUAACAAUAAAAUCUGCCUGUGGUUUGGCAUAACUGUAAGAAUCUAAUAGCA